AUGGAAGACAUAAGAGAUUAUCAUCCCAGCCAUCCGAAUCAUCAACUGGUGCUGCGAAACUUCGACAAGCCUUUCCAUUGUGACGGAUGCAAAGAGCAAGGAUUCGGAACAACGAACAAGUUCUCCUCUGAACCAAGAAGCCGCGAAACAUGGUGUAAUGCAUGCGGGAAUCAUAUAAAUGGUUUUGUUUAUCACUGUCGAGACGAGGAUCUGGACUUGCAUCCAUGCUGUCUUGAACUCGAGAAGAAAAUGGUCAGCGAUGGCGUGAGAUUCAAGUUGUGUGACAAAGUGGAAUCCAAGUGCAUUUGGUGCAACAGGAAGAGUCUCAAAGGAAAAUCCGAGGGGGGCUGGUCAUACAAAUCCAAGCGCAACAAGUGCCAUGUCCAUGUUCGUUGUGUUACUGAAAUGAUUCUUCAAAAUUGGAAAACAGGGGAAUUCAAAGACGAUGAUACUCUCACGUUGUCACUGAAGAAUCCUGAGCUUCACCUUGGACUUAGCUCAGGUGGAGGUCAGAAAUACUUGAAGAUCGCCAAAGCUCUUAUGUCUACAGUUGUAGCCAUUCUUCUGGGAGAUCCUACAAUGCUCAACUUGAUCAUUAGCUAG